GCCGAACCAGCGGUGACGCGGCGGCCGUCGAGGGCACGCCGGUCAUGGUCUUGCCCAGCGGCGCCGUGCCCUGCAACAAGGCCAUCACCGACAUCAUCGAGACGCUCAAGCCGAUAAUCCGACAAGUUAUGGAAGAGACGAAUCUGCUCAAAAUGUGGGUGACCUACAUGAUCCCCAAAAUAGAGGACGGCAACAACUUCGGCGUCUCGAUUCAGGAGGACACGCUGGGUGAGGUGUCUUCGGCCGAGUCGGAGGCGGCCACGUACUUCCACGAGAUGUCGCGCUACUACAGCUUUCGUGCCAAGCUGGUCUCCAAGGUGGCCAAGUACCCGCACCUCGACGACUACCGCCGCGCCGUCUGCGAGAUGGACGAGAAGGAGUUCAUCUCGCUGCGACUCACGCUCGUCGAGAUCCGCAACCGCUACUCCACGCUUCACGACGUCAUCAGCAAAAACCUGGAGAAGAUCAAGAAGCCGCGCUCGAUAAACUCGCACGACACGAUGUACUAAGGUGGCGGUGUGGCGGCCAGGUCACCCGUAUGCAGGGUCAAGUGCGGUGGAGCUGUAAAUUGACGUCGGUUGUGGUCUUGUCGCCGGUGCUGCCCGUAGCCUAAAAUUGGUCCCAUGCGGGACCGGACUAUGGACGCUCGCGGGUGGUGCCAGGAGCCUCUUCCCUGUUCGUGUCUUUGCACCAGUAUCGCCACACCGUCCCAUGUAUUGGACAUCUUGUAAGGCAUCUUGUUGGUGUCACUAUCCGUGA